GACGGAUCAUUUCUGACUCCCAACAGAACAGGAUAAUAUGCUCGUAUGUGACUAAUCUCGCCCCCAGACUGACUGAACUGUAGCUCUACUAUUAAAUUCAACCGAUAAUCUCAUUCUUUCAUCACUAGUAGCUUGUCGCCUCAACUACACAAAGUGGAUCCAUCCUCAUUUCGACAUCGGCUCUUGAUCCCCCCACCAACCCAGAUCCUGCUUCCCUUCCUUCUACAAUCGAACCCUUGCAACCCUCGUGUUUUUGCACAUGAACCCGAACCAACCACACGCCAGCAUGUCCACCCAAGUGCUCAUAGUGGGUGGGGGCAUUGGAGGCCUGACGCUAGCAGCCAUGUGUCGAAGGAUUGGCGUGUCUUGUCGGGUGCUAGAGCGAAGCGCUGUUCUUGAACCGGUGGGUGCCGGCAUUUCACUGGCUCCGAAUGCCCUACGGGCUCUGGAUCAGAUCGGACUGUACGACUACGUGCGCCAGGAAGGCCAGCCGGUCCGCAAGAUCCGUGUCUACCGGAAUCAGACACAGUGGAGUGAGAUUGACUUCCAGUGGCUAGAACGUACUUUUGGCUAUCCCGUGUACUCGAUCGAACGGCAUGGUUUCCAUCGGCGACUGUAUGAAGCUGCGGGGGGUUCCGAGACGGUCAUCUUGGGGGCAGAAGUUGCCAAGGUGAUCCCUCCGCAGGAGGAGGCUGAAGGGGUAUCGGUGGUCCUGAAGGAUGGGAGGCGAUACACGGGAAAUGUGCUAGUGGGUGCUGAUGGGGUGCGGUCAGUUGUGCGCCGGGCGCUCAUGGCCACCAUCAAUUCCCGUCCCGGACAAAGUGGAGCAGUUGGAGAAGACGAAGAUGCAGCCGAUGUCAUUCAAUUCACGGGCCGAGUGCAUCUGUCUGGCUACACUCACCCACUCGAUCACCUUGGCCCCGCGGACGAAGGGAUCGCUCAUUGGAUGCUGUAUGAUCGCUCAAUUCUCACAACGUGGCCGUGCAGGGACCAUCGUCAGUGGUUCGUUGGGGCAGUGCCCUCUAAGCUCAAGGACCCGAAUCGCUCCGUCUGGAAACAUGCCGAUCACAACACUAUCAAUCAAGUCUAUGGUUCCGAAUAUCACCCCUUUGCCCCGGAUUUUCACUUCCGUGACGUCGUCAAACACGCGGAACGUGUCGUUGCCAGCGAUGUCUUCCACCAGACCAUCUUUCCCCCGAUGGCGGCCGGUCGCAUUGCUAUGCUGGGCGACGCUUCUCAUGCUAUGACUUCGUUCUUCGGCCAGGGCGCCUGCCAGGCCAUCGAAGACGCGACGGAGCUGGCCAGUGCGUUGGGGAUGAUCGAUGUCAGGCCCACUGACGCGGAGACAAUCCUUCAAGGCUACCAUCAUAGCCGGGAGCGCCGGGGCCGCGAUUUAGUCGUAUUGUCGGAUCGAUUUGCCUUGCUGCAUACCGGACGCCUGUUGGGAAGCUGGGGUCCCUUUGUCCGGCAAAUGGUAUACACCUGGAUGCCUCUCUGGGGUUGGAAGUGGGCCUUGCAGUGGCUGUAUGGCCAUCAGCCGACUCUCGUGGAGCAGCGGAAUGAGGCCGUAAAGAAGACUGCCUGAGAGAUGCGUCUUGUCCAAUGGAGUUGUAUUUAGCCGAAACUGGGCAGGAUUCUGCCCUGCAAGCGAUGGUGGUAUUGCCCAUGUCUAUAGAAGAGACUAACGCACACGAGCAGACGAAUCAGAAU